AUGGCAAAUUUCUUGGUCCGUGAAACCCUGGGAUAUGAAGAGUUUUCUGAAGCUCUCAUUCGGCUAUGGGAAGAACAGACCGGUAUUGAUCCUGCUGAAAGAAAUUUUGGUUUGCCACCUAUUUCUGAAUGGGAUUGGUGGGAUGAUGACUAUGAGUAUGGCUAUAUGGGGGGCAUGGAUGUCACUACUGGUGAUGCGGAACAUCAGCAUGAUCCUGCGGCUACUGCGGCAGCUGCAUCCUCUCCUGAGCAAGGCGCUGAACCUCCUGUAAGUGCGGCUCCAGGCUCCUCACCGAGUCAUCGAGUUGGUGCGGCCUCUGAGCAUUCUGCGCCAGGACCUGAAAGUGAUCCGGGAAAGCCCAAAAUACCCCAAGAUGUUUCAGAAGUUUCUUUGGCAGACUCCUUCAUCAUGGGUGUCCUACGUGGUUGGCGUUUGUUGAAGGCUGCAAGCCUCACCCCAGAAGAAACUAGAGACAUUUUGUCCACUACUCAAAACAAAUUGGACUUCGAAGCCAUCAGCCAAGCCUUGUCUGCACUUUGGGACGAACAGUUGCUUGGCCACCGAUAUUCACAACAUGCUGGACGUCAUGGAAGUUCUAACAAUGCUCUAUGGCAUGAAUGGCAUGAUGAUGGAUGGGAUGAUGGCUAUGAGAUUAACUAUGAUGAGAUGUGGACUUGGGGAAACGAUGAUGGUUGGUGGAAUGAUGGUCAAUAUCAUGAUGAAUGGCAUGAACAUGAAUGGCCCGACGAAACCUCCUCUGCCAAGGAAGUUCAGACUACCUUGUCACCCGACGAGGAAGAGCGACUUCAAGAUGCUCUUCAAGCUGAACAGGUUGCUGAGCAGUUAGCUGCCGAAGCAAGGCGCACUUGGCAAGAGGCCCAGAAAACAACCCAACAAUUGAAACGUGAUCGAGGUUUUGGACAUGUCAACACUGUCAACAAUGGUCGUUGUUUCAAUUGUGGUGGUAACCAUUUGGUUAGGGAUUGUCCUGAUAGACGUCAUGGGAACUACCCCAAGGGCAAGUUUUCUGGGAAGGGCAAGGGCAUGUUUUGGAGCUCGAAGGGCAAGAGUCCUUACCAUUCGAAAGAUGGCAAUGGCAAGGGCUUUAACAAGAACCCCGUGAAUGCCUACGCACUCUAUGGCAUGGAACUGGCCUCAACGACGAAGGCAUCAACCAGCACUGGCUCUAGCUCUUUGGCUUCCCAAGCUCAUGGCAUGCUGGACUGCGGAGCAACUGCCUCUGCAGCACCUGAAGUUUCUGCACAGGAGCUGGUGAUAGCUGUUUUGUCUCACGAUCGACAGGCGACUGUGAACAUCUUCUCAGCGCAGCGGCCAUACUUUCGCUUCGGCAAUGGGAAGUGGGGCAGAGCUAGUUUCGUCCUCUUGACUUUUAUACCACUCAGCAGUCAUGUUCCUCUUCCUCUACUACAUCUUCUCCUCUCAAGCAUGAUCGUGAAGAACUGUUGCGAAAACUUUUUCGAUGUGACCGCAACAUGCAUGCUGGACAAGAUCACCGCGGAGGAAAAGCUGAACAACAAAGUUCAGUACCUGCUGGAAAAGCCCAACGUCGAGAACUCCUUGAAGGUUCCAAAGUCCAAGGCAGCCUCAAAGAAUGUGGAGAAGAAGAUGGUUGUCACCAUGGGCUACAUGGACCAGAGCUCACCGAUGACAAGUCCUUCCGACAGCAGCUGGGAUCCGAUUCUGGAUUCACCAGAUCGUCGCAACUUGGAGGACUUCCUGACCGAGCAGGAAAAGAUCGACCUGCGCAACCUGGUGCUUGCAAGAAAGGGGAUGACACCACCCGACGAAGUCAUCCUCACCGAGGUCAUGAAGAUGGUGACGAUGAUGACGACAACCAUGAGUCACCUCGCCUUGAAGAUCGCCAUGGAUGGACGUGAAUGUUUAUGGGAGAUUGCAUGUGCUGACAACAGUUGGCUGACUCAAGCGGCUCUCAACCAUGGUCUACCUGCCCGAAGGAUCAACUAUAAACAAGGUUUUGACCUCUACAAGAAGUCUGCAUGGAUGGAGAUGGAACGCCUGCGAAAAGUCAAGCGUCCCAAGAAACUUUGGCUCUCACUACCGUGCACUCAUUGGUGUCAAUGGACCAAUGUCAACUACAACACUGAUGAGCGCAAGGCGGUCCUCGAAGAUCUUCGUCGACGAGACCGUCGAAUGAUGCACUAUGCCAAGGACUUCAUCCUCAAUGCUGUUGAUGACGACCCAGACAUUGAUGUGUACUGGGAGUGGACUUUUCCAUGUUCUGGAUGGUCUCAGCCUCCUAUGGUCUCGCUGCAGCAUGGACUUUUGCAACGUGGCCAAUCAUGGGAGCGCUGCAGAAUCGAUGGAUGCAACUAUGGGAUGCGAAACUCUGAUGAUUCAGCGUUUAUCCACAAGCGCUGGGAGAUUCGCACCAAUGAUGAGCUCUUCCAUCGCAACUUCAAGUGCAAGGUUUGCCCUCGAAAUCAUCAACAUGCUCUCAUACAGGGGAUUGAAACAGCUCGCUCUGCAUACUAUCCAGUGCGGAUGGUGGAAGCAAUUGUGCGGCAUUGGAAGAAUCAACUUGCUCCUCAACGUCAUGUACAAGCCUUGACUUCUCCUGACGCUGUGGUGAACUCCAAGCAUGCAGAGUGUGAUGUGAAGUGGACUCAACGUCUUCAAGCUCUACCUGUUGAAGAAGUUCUUCCUCCUGUACCUGAUGAUGGUGAUUUGUCUGACGGCUAUGAACCCUCUAUACUUGAAGCUCCUCAACAUGACGCUGAUGUCAGUGAACAAGAACGAAAAGAAUGGCAUGUCAAACUGCAGCACUACCAUCGUGCAGCAGGACAUCCAUCAAAUCGGAACUUGAUUCACCUGUUCCGAGAUGCUGGACUUCCCAAAUGGAAGAUUGAAAUGGCCCGCGAUUUUCGAUGCGAUGCUUGUGAUCGACUUCUACAAGGCAGCAAAAGCUCAGGUGAAGUACCAAGGGCGUCAACGCACCCUUUGUGCAAGGCAUGGGAAAUCGUUGGAGCUGAUUCCAGCGAAUGGCAUGUUCCCGACCAGAAGAUCAAGAUCAAAUUCAUUUUGCUCAUUGACUUUGCCACCAAACUACGUGCGGUGCAUGUGGUGAAAUCGUAUGGACUUACGCAAAUGUUGUCCGAAAGUUCUGAAGAUGUCAUCAAGGCGAUUGCUGAAAAGUGGCUGGCCGAUAAGCCGAAACCCCGACUUAUUGUGCCUGACAACUCCUCUGUCUUCACGGCCACCGACGUGAACGAGUUCCUCACCAAUGUGGGCAUCCAACUUAGCCUGCCGGCUGAGAAGGAAUCAUGGGCUCAUGGACUUGUUGAAUCAGCAAUCAAAGAUGUGAAGAUGACGGCUUCUGCAAUUCAACUUGGACAACCAACUCUUCCUCCUGGAGUUUCUCUUCAACUUGCGUGUGCGGCUCUCAACAGUACUGAGUAUACCAAGGGCUAUUCCUCUUUUCAGUGGUGCUAUGGCAAGGACUACACCAUAACCGAUGAAGAGAUCAGAACCUUUGCCAGCUUGCCGGACACCACCAAGCACUUUGAGUAUGAGGCCCUGGUUCGAGCUCGACAAGGACGUGUUGUUUUCCAUGAAGUUCUUCAUCAUCAAGAAGAAGGCGAUGAGAGAAGACACAUCCUAUGGGUGUUGGUGGGAUCGCAACUGUUGCGAUGCAGUGCUCAUUCGGUGAGACCGGUCACCGACACCGAGCGUGUCACUUUUGAAGUGUGUGACAAACAAGACGUCACCAAAUGGAAAUCCUUGGCUGAUGUCCUACCUCAGCGCGAAUACCUUGACAUCACUGAUCAGGUUCCUGGUGAAGAUGAAUGUGAGCAUCCAGACCUACCUGAUCGACCUGAUGAAUCAACGGCUGUGCCUGCAGCUGUUGCCAAGAAGGCCAAGAAGGUUUUCCAGAAAGGCGUCACUUUUUCUGAUCCUGCACUUCAACCACGUUCCAAGAUCGUUGGCAAGAAAUCCUUGACUCCAGAUGACUGGAAGCCCAAAGCAGGUGAUGAUGAUGUUGAACUACUACCUGAACCUGGCAGUGCUUCUCAACCUGCAGCACUGGAACCUGCGGCUUCUGACUCUCCUGACCUUGAAGAGUUGUUGGAGCGCGAUGUCAACGACUAUGAUGUUUCUCCUCGACCUCUACCAGACCCGAAGAAGCAAAAGAUCAACGAUGACAAAGACAUGAGAACCCUGCUGAGGGAACAACACUCCUCUCAGUAUGACCUCAAAUGGGUGGAGGAACUACAUCAGCCAGAUGAUGGACUUUUGGACUUUUACCAUCUGGUUGUUGACAAUGACUUGGAUUGCCUCUCCAUGCAGUUUGACUUGGACUUUGUGUCAAACCGGCAGUUCAAGAAUUUCCUCAGAAGCCCCACUGCGUAUCUGGUCAAAAAGAUGCGUGACUCUGAAGUGGUUCUCAGCAAAUUGUCUCCUCAACAUCGUGAACUUUUUGCACGUGCCAAGGGGAAAGAAAUUGACAGCUUCCUCAAGAAUGAAGCAGUAAAAGCCUGCCACCGAAAUGAUGAAGUUCGAGAAGCCAUGGGCAGUGGACGCAUUGUCCGCGCUCGCUGGGUGUUAACCUGGAAACUUGUGCCUCCUGAAGAUCAAGAUGAAGCGCGACAAGAUGCUUCAACGAAUCCUUCCACAACACAUACUUCAGAUGGUCUCAAGAAGGCGAAGGCACGAAUUGUGCUACUAGGGUUUGAACAUCCUGAGAUUGGCAAUGUGGACUACAAAACGUCCUCACCUGUGCAGUCUAUGUUGGCUCGCAACUUGCUCUACCAGGCCACUUGUCAACACUCGUGGCAACUUGAAGGUUUGGAUUUAGCAACUGCUUUUCUUCAGACGGCUCCUACGUCUGCAGAUGCCAACUUGUGGACUUAUGGUGUAGCUGAACUUCGCACAGCACUUGGGUUGGACAGCAAUGGCAUCAUGAAAGUCAUGCGUAACAUCUACGGUAGAACUACUGCUCCUCGUGGACUAUGGCUCGACCUGCACAAGACCCUCACUGGACUUGGCGGAUAUCCUGCCUUGGGUGAAAGAUGUCUCUGGGUUUGGUAUGAUGAAGACCCCGAGACCAAGCAACCCUUCACCAUUGGCAUGAUGGGCGGCCAUGUGGAUGACUUUCACCGAACUGGUGACUCAAACAAUGCAAAGUGGAACGAAGUUUGCAGAAAAAUAGAUGCAGCGUACCGAUGGGGAACAGCCAAACACUCUGCAUAUCGUCAUGCUGGCACUGAUGUUCAGGUGAAACGUGACAACGAUGGCGACCUUGUCAUCACCGUCAACCAGCAGUACUAUGUGGACUCCCUGCCGGACCUUGAUAUUUAUGCAGAUAGAUUACGACAAGAAGAUGCACGAAUGACCUCUCAUGAGAUUGCAGCUUGCCGUGGUGCUCUUGGCGCACUACAAUGGCUAGCAAUACAAACUCAGCCACAACUUUGUGCUCGUUGUAAUCUCCUCCUCACUGAAGUCAUUAAGUUUGGGAAGAUGAGUUAUGCCAUGGAAAUUCAACGUAUGAUUGGCGAAAUUCGCCGUGAAUCCUAUGAGCUCAAGUUCUUCAAGCACAAAACUGCGAAGACCUGGCGCGAUGUUUGCUUCAUAACAAUGGCUGACCAAGCGCAUGCGAAUCGAGACAAAGGUGAUUCAACUGGUGGGAUCAUCACUUUGAUGAGUGGUCCUGAAGCUCUUAAAGGAGAAGUUUGUCCUAUGUCUCUUUUGGCCUGGCGAACUUGGAAGCUUCGUCGCAAAGCUCUUGGAUCAAAUGACGCAGAAGUUCAAGCAGUACUUGAAGGUGAAGAUUGGAAUUUCCGCGCCCGACUUCUCUGGUGCGAAAUUCAUGGUGCUGGACUUUCUCGUCCUCGCGAUGCCAACAAAGUGGAAUUCUCAGAAGAGAUGGUGAAACAAGUAGAAGGACUUCUUUGCACUGACAGCAAAGGUGGUUUUGAUGCAGUGCUCUACAACGAGAGUCCUCUCCUUGGCCUGAGCAACACUCGCUCUGCUCUCCAAGCUCUUCAACUUCGAGAAUAUCUUCAGCGUGCUGGCUCAAAGCUACGUUGGGUAGCCAGUGACUAUGACUUGGGCGAUAGUCUGACAAAGAAGCGUCCAGACUGUCGUGUGGGCCUCCAGAAGUUCCUCAAAACAUGGCUGUGGGCUGUGAAAUAUGAUCCACAGUUCAUUGCCUCAAAGAAGAACAAAAAGGAAGGAAAGACAGCGAUCAACCAGAUCGACGAUUACCUGAGUGGCAAACCUGAUCUUUCUUUCUAUGCUGGUGCAACUGAUCCAUGUCAGGUUCGCCACUACGACUUCAUGUUCGACCACUGGCCCUUGUCUGCAAUGCUUGGCUCAGGAGGGGCCCCUUUUCUUUGA